AUGUGUAAACCUACUGAACAGCCUUUACCGCAUCCAUCUGCUGUUGGAGUUAUGGAGGCUUUGAAAGCUGCAUAUGACAGAAAAGUGGUACCAUCGGAAAAACGAUACUUAUAUGAUGCUUUUGAUACACCACCACUGCGUGAUCAAGAAUUUUUUGGCAAGCCAACAAUACUGUUAUUAGGGCAAUAUUCCGUUGGUAAGACAUCUAUGAUCUCGUAUUUGCUGAAUGGUAACUACCCAGGUGCUGAUAUCGGUCCUGAACCAACAACAGAUAUUUUUGCGCACGUAGAUUUCAGCGAAAAAUCUCAAACAAUAUCGGGCAUAACACUGGCAUCAGAUAAUACUUAUCAAUUUCAAUCAUUAAGUAUGUUUGGCGACGUAUUUCUCAAUAAGUUAAGAGCGACACGUUUCAAUGCACCCCUUCUGAAGCACAUUUCAAUUAUUGAUACGCCAGGCAUUCUUACUGGUGACAAGCAAGUAGAAAAUAGAGGAUAUGAUUUUGCACAAGUUAUUAAAUUUUUGUCAAAUAAAGUCGAUUGUAUAUUUUUGAUAUUUGAUGCCAAUAAGCUUGACAUUAGUGACGAAUACAAGCAGGUGAUUCAGAUAUUAAAAGGUAAUGAAGAUAAAGUCAAAAUUAUUCUUAACAAAGCUGACUCAGUCACUCCUCGAGAACUAGUUCACGUACGUGGUGCACUUAUGUGGGGAUUGGGGAAAAUUAUGUCAUGUCCUGAAGUGCCUAAAGUUUAUAUUGGCUCAUUCUGGCCAUACUGGUCUGACAAGAACACUUUAUUGCGUGAUGCGAUUAAAGAUGACUUGGCAGCUGUUAUUAAAGAAAUUACAGAUUUACCCAACUCAUUCCAUCACAAACGUGUUAAUGAUGUCGUCAAACGUGCUCGGAAUUUACGAAUUCAUAGUUACGUAAUGGAUGAAAUAGUUAGAAGAAAGUUGUUUUUUUCAAAAACAGAGAAAGCUCCUGAUACUGAAACUCAACCACAGAAACUACAUGCGAUAUAUCGUACGCUAGCAAUGAAUAAACGUAUUGUAUUGAGUGAUUUCCCAGAUCCCGAAAUGUUUCACAAUAAUGCCAAAAAAACUCAAGCAAAAUAUUGGGCACGAAUUGAUCCAAAGCUAGAAAAGCUUCUCAAUUCAUUUAUUGAAAAUGACAUUUCACCGAUUGUUAAUGCAGCAUUGAAUGAGAAGAAAAACGAAGUUAGUUAUCGAAUACCAAAGAAACUACCACUUCCAGAGGACUACAAUAAACUGGUGAAUAAUAAAAAAUUAGCUCAGUUUCUGCCAGAAAGUCAGCCUGAAGAAUUGAUGAAAAAGACGAAGAAAAAAGCAUCAGAAGAGGUAAAAAAAGAUGAUUCAAAGCAAGAAGACAAAGCAGAAUUGAGCCCAAAAAAAAGUCAAGAAACGAGUAAAGGAGAAGAAAAGCAAGCAAGUUCAAAACAGAAUAUAAAUGAACAAGCAGAUGAAGAAAAACAGCAAAAAACAAGAAAAAGCUUGCAAAGAUCAAAAAAAGAAAAUGAAAAAAGCAAUAAAAGCACAAGUAAAAAAGACGUGGAUAGUGAAGCAGCAGAUAGCAAAAAACGUGAAGAAAAAAGUGGCAAAGCACGUGAAGGUAGAAACAUAUAUUUUUUUAAAAGUAUUAUAUAACG